CGAGGGCUAAGGAAGCGGCCUAAACGGGGGGAAAAAAUUAUUUAACCAUUUUUACAUUUUAGUACGCGUUUUUUGUUUUUUACUUUUCAAAAAAAAUUAAUGUUCGUGCAUAAUAGCUCAUAUCGCUUAUUCGCUAAUAUUUCGUUGAUUCUCUCGGGCGAGGCUUUACAGUAGUUUGGCGAGAUGGCUGAUUUAUUGACAGUGUACGACGACGAUGAGAAGUCCUACGCCUUCAUUGACUGCAGGAUCUGCGAUAAAAGAAUACGGGGCGAAACCCAGUACAAAAUACACGUGACCACAUUACAACACUUGAAGAAAGAGGACACCCUAGUUUCACAAGGAGAGAUUCCGAGACAACCUCCACUGCCAGAAUGGACAGACAUCAGAGAAUAUUUGGAAUACCUGAAUCUUGAGGAGCCCAUUAUUGGUCUCAACUCCUUGAUACAGGUUCCAGAUCAUGUUGCUGACGAUGGCAAAACUGUGUUAAAGUACAAGUGCCGAAUGUGUGUUGUGGAGAUGGACCUUUAUAGCAUGGUGGCCCAUAUCAUUGGACGCAAACACAGACAAAAAUACCUGGAGCUUAAAAGACCUGACUUGGUGACAUGGCAAGACAACAAUCAGAAACAACCGGGUCUUGUUGCCAGAGCCAAAGCUGCAGUAGUUGAAAAGCAGGAGGGAUGGGGAAAGCCAGUGGCACUCAGAAGACCAGAAGAGAAAAUCAGAAAUGUUUUCCAAGCAGGAAGUGAAUUUAGGGCCAGUGAUCCCUAUGGACAAGACCCUUUCCCUGAACAGGUUCAAAAACAGACAUACUUAGAUGAAGAGCUACAUGAAAGACCCUAUUAUACUAGCGAUAAGUAUGACCAGUACAAUAGACCUAAUCCAAGUCAUGGAAUCCCCCAACAAUUCUAUACAGAAGAAAACCGACAUCAAAAACCUUACGAAGAUGCUGACAUUCGAAGAGGACUCUCACAAGGUGAUGAUUAUCCUGAAAGAGAAAUGCAUAUUAGUCCCUAUGAUGACCAGGGUAGACGGAGACUUCGUGAAGACUAUGAAAGAGAAAGUCUCGGUGGAGGACCGUUCUCUGGAGGAAAAAUAAACCGAUUUAAUGACAAAGACCUCCGAAUCCGCCCUGAAGCAUCAGAAUAUCAGAAAGAGCAAAUGCAAGGUAGGCAGAAUGUAGAUUAUGAAGAGAGAAAUCCUGCCAUGAAUCCCAUGUCAAUGCAUGGAAGAAGCUUUAAUGAGGAGAAAAGAGGGACUGUCAGAGAAAUGCACAGUAGGACUUGGGGCAAAGCUAAGGUACAAGGUUACCCCCCUAUGUUUCAACCCAGAGAUCCAAGAGCAUAUUCACAAGAAGAGACUCCAGCUAAAAAGAAAAAGAAGAGCAGAUUCUCUGAUGCAACCGCAGAGGAAGUGGCACUCGCACAUACAAGACAUUCAAAUAAAUCCUUCCCCAAAGAGAAACCAAGAGGAGCGCCGUUUCGAGCAAAUCCUUCGUCUUUAAAUAAACAAUUUGUGGAUUCUGGAAGUACAUCCCAUCUUAAUCCAAAACAUGAAAACGUUCUGGACAUACUUAGUGACAUCAAGAUUGAUAAUAUGGAUGACGCCAGAUUUCUUAAAGAAAAGCUGUGCACAGUUUUGAAAGAGUUCCAAGAGAACAAAUCCAGAAGUGCUGUGGGCCAUACUUCACAACCUGUCAGUGAUCACAGAGGAGUAAAGCAGACAGACCAGCGCAGAGAUGCAUAUAAAAACCCAAGGGAUGAUCCGGAUGGCAUGCAUUUAGAAAAGAGAGGUUUCCAAGAUGCCAGACGAUAUGAAGACGGUCCCAGAAGUUUCCAAGAAUCCAGACAAUAUGGAGAUGACCCUAGAAUGUUUCGAGAGGUCCGACAAAUUAGGGAUGACCCCAGAGGUCUUAGAGAGACCAGACGUAAUGAAGAUGAUUACAAGGAGUCAAAACGAUUUGACGGCUAUCCCAGUGGCCUUCAAGAAGCAAGGCCGUAUGCCAAUGAUCCCAGAGGAUUUAAAAAAAUUAUGCUACAAGAGACCACACAAGAUCUUCAAGAGAGGAGACAUUAUGAUGAAGAUCCUAGAAAACAGGAACAACAUUUCGAAGAAUAUUCAAGAGCAGAUGCUCCAAGGAGCACUCAGGAGACAAGAUAUUAUGAUGGUGAUUACAGAGGCUUGGGAAAUUUGGAUCCUGAAAGAAAUUGGGAGCAUCAGAGAGCUCGUUCAUUAGAGCGUUUUGAUAACAGGGGCCCAGCAGAUAUUGAGAGAGGGUUUCAAGAGAGCUUUGGCAAGCCUCCCGUUCACUUCCAACCAACCUCUCUACAAGAAGAAGCCAGGAUGUAUGCUGGGAGAGCACAGCAGAGGUCUCAUCAGAAUCACCAUGAGCCAGGCGAUGAACCCUAUGACCCGUUCCACCCAUCAUCCUCGCCACCUCCAGAAGCGUCCAGUCUUGACAAGAUUGCAUCAACUCUUCUGGAGCUUGUGGCUCGUAGAUGAAGUUAGGCUGAUGAGUCAGUUCAUAAUAUAAGAUGGUUAUAGCUUAACUGUAGUCUACAGUGAUUCAUCACCUUUAUGUAAAUUCAUAUAAAAUCUUUCAGUAUAUGUUAUACUGUUUUCAUCCGCCCAUAUCACUUAUCCUCGCAGAGGGCUGGAGGUUAUCCCAGCAUCUCGGGCCACAGCCAGGGAAAUACUCUGAAUGGAUAGGCAGUCAUCACACAUACAUUCAUACUGUUUUCAAUUAAUACCUAAAUAGUCACUGCUUCACAUUAUGUCAAGAUCUAUCCUGCUUGCUAUUGUCUUUUUUUGUUUGGUUUGUGUACUAAGGAAUUGUAAUGGGUUUUGUUCAAAUGGUUUA